GGGGUGUUCCAGCAGGUGAUAAAGCACAAGUGUCACUUUAUUAACGGCACCGAGCAGGUGAGGUACGUGAACAGGUACAUCUACAACCGGGAGCAGCUCCUGCACUUUGACAGCGAUGUGGGGGUGUUUGUGGGGGACACCCCGUAUGGGGAGAUCCAGGCCAGGUAUGCGAACAGUAACCAGGAAUUGCUGCAGUUCUAUCGGGCUCAGGUGGACACGUACUGCCGGUACAACUACGAGGGUGUCACCCCGUUCACUGUGGAGAGGAGAGGUGAGC